GCUCCCCCGGUGUCCGAUGGAGCUGAAGGUCUGGGUGGACGGGGUGGUCCGGGUGGUCUGCGGGCUGUCGGAGGAGACCUCUUGCCAGGAUGUGGUCAUCGCUUUAGCCCAGGCCAUCGGUCAGACGGGCCGCUACGUCCUGAUCCAGCGUCUGCGGGACACGGAGAGGCAGCUGCUGGCCACGGACCGGCCCCUGGAGUCCCUGUCCAAGCUGGGCCAGCAUGGCAACGAGGUCCAGUUCUUCCUGCGGCGCACCGGCCCCAGCAGCGACAGCCCCGCCUCCAAACAGGACCUCUCGCCCUCCCCCUUCGCCCUGCCCCACCACUCGGAGCCCGAGCGCCUCAAACACAACCAGCCCAAGAAGUCCCUCACGUUCAACCUGGGUCCAUCCACCUCCCCGAAGACCAAGGCCCCCCAGACCCGGAGGUCCCCGCGGGACUCCCCGGAGCAGAGAGCCUCCCCGGCCCCUUCCCCCAGUCCCCUCUCGCCCUCGCCCUCGCCCCCCGUGGGGGUCUCCAAAGACGAGGUCUUCCGGCAGGUUCUGAAGCAGCAGGAGCGGCUGAGGGCCACGGAGGCCCAGCUGGAGGCCCUGGAGCGGGAGGCCCGGCCCUGGGAGUCCCCCCGGCAGUCGCCCUGCCCCUCGCCCGCCCUGGACCCCCACGCCCUGGAGGAGCUGGAGGUGCUGGAGCAAGCGGUGCGGCGCAACCAGGCGGAGCUGGCCCACGAGGACUUCUGGCAGGACGAGCUGCGGGCGGAGCUGGAGCAGGAGAAGGGCAUGAGGGCCCGGCUGGGCGAGCUCCACGCCAAAAUGGACGACUGCGGCCGCCGGCUCCACGGCAUCUCGGUGCGCUCGGCGCAGCUGGAGCAGGAGAUGGAGCGGGAGCGGAGGGAGGGCCAGGCCUGGGCCGACGGGAAGCAGCCCGAGGAGUCGAUAGUGGGGGUGAGGGCGGAGCUGCAGAGCCAGCAGAGGCAAGGGGCGGAGCUAGAGCAGCAGCUGACGGAGGGCCAGGCGGUGUUGGGCAAGGCGGAGUCACUGCUUCAGGCGAAGCAGGACGAGCUGGAGGAGCUGAACAAGGAGCUGCGGCAGUGUAACCUGCAGCAGUUCAUCCAGCAGACGGGGGUCCCCACCGCCCACGCCUACACCCGCACAGAGCUGCAAGAGCAGCUGGACCGGCUGGACCAGCUAGAGCUGGCCCAGCUCCUCACGGAGGAGUACAGGAACGGAGGCCAAGGUCUGCUCCCCAGCACAGACUCUCCGCCCCGGUCCACAGCCAAACAGUUCCUGGGUCAUCCCCGCAACCUGCAGAACCCUCUGGUGUCCAGUCUCAACCCCGAGGUCCUGGUAUCCAGGGAGCAGUCAUGGAGAUAAGCCAUGGACCCCCAGAUCUUCACGUUCAAUGCUCCAUCGACUCAUUUAAACCCCUUACCGUCUCACUGUUGUACGAUGACCUUGUUACCUUUUACUACCCUCGUAAACAUACUGUAUAUUAUAUAUAUAUAUAUAUAUGUAUGCAAUUAUAUAUAUAUUCAUGAUACAAAUAUAUAUAUACAGUAAUUUGCUACAGUGCACACUGAAAACUACAUGUAUGAAAUGUUCAAAUAAUUUAGGACAACUUUAACCUACAUCAAUUAUUACUUUAUCUGUGUAUUUAAGUAUAAUAAAAAAACGUCAUUGUGUUCCUGAUAAAGUUUGUAUUUUUUUAUUGAUUAUUGUUACGCGGUUGUGACUGCAGGGGGCGCUAGACGGACACAUCCUCAGGAUAUAAAAACGAAAUAAUUAAAAUAAUCAUAACUAUCACAGAGGGAUGUAUCCACUACAGACCUACCCGAUAUUUGGUCAGGAAAAUGUAACAAUUUACAUCCCAAAGUCAUCUAAUAAACUCAGUCUUGUAAAUACUGAGUUGUUUUGUGUGUUUAUACUUGAGUUCAUCGAUAGCCACUGUACCUGUGCAGGUGUGGUCUGCAUGUUUUACAAGGUAAAGGGAGUGGCCUGGCUUAUGUGAGGUCAUUGGUCACAACACUCUCACGCUACGUAGCCAGGAGGGAGAAAACACCCGUUAAAUCAGCUUGAAGGUGAUCGAUAAACAUGAAUAAUCUGAAAACAUGUCAUUUUCUGACCAAAUGGCUGAUUUGGAACACCCAUGGACCUAUAAAGAAACACAUUAUAACACCUUAUAAAAACUUAUGAACACCUUGUAAAACAUAGACAACACCUGCACAGUUGCACCAUGUCAGCUGACCAUCUCGGCUUCGCCCUAUGGCUGACCGCACCAGAGGGGCGGAGAACAAGCAGACCAAGAGAGUGCGUUGUCAGAGAAGUCCUAUACGGUAUAUUCGUAAAGCCCCACUUUUCCCUAUAUCCGAGGGUUUGUUGUACGGGACUUUAAGACCUGCAUUCCUCGCUGUGAUUCUUCGCUGGAAAGUCCCUUCUUGCAGUUCUCUAUCUGCUUUGCCGCGGGCUCAGCCAAAGCGUUCCUCAGGAACCAAGAGGAACCUCAGGGAACA